AUGCAUCAUCAGUUCCUCCCCAACCACAAUCGUAGCAACAGCACUCCAGUGCCUGGACCGCUUCCCGCCGUUGUGACUAUCGACGCCGACCCAAACAACUUGUUCCCCAAGGAGUACGGCGAGUUUGACGGCCAGCCACUCGAGUUGCCAGACACAUUCUGGCUGCGAGGCACAUCACAGGUUCGACGAAAUGGUAGUCACUACGUGAACCAUGCUCACGCAGUCACAGGUCUCAGGAAGAAGAAAAGCUCAAGCGGCAGCACUAUCCAGCGCGCGAUGCAGAAAGUGGCCCACGUCUGGGGUUGGAAAGCGUCUGCGCCGCAUGCCGCGGCGAUUGAGGCGCCACCAAUACCUUCCGACGGAGAUACCAUAGAACUACAGCCACCACUUGACGUUCGGAGAGUGAAUACCAUUGAAAGAGCCGCCGCAGCAAAGAUAUACCUCGAGACGUAUUACAAGGAGGUUUUCGGCACCGGCAAGACGCCCCGCGAGCAGCGUCUCAUGCAGUUCCGACACGACUUGGAUCAGGCUAUGCCUCCAAUGACGGAUUAUCAUAAGGAACUCGAGAUGGGAAGGUUCUUCCAGGAAGAGACAAUAUAUCUCCGCCAGCAGAGAGUCGUGAAGGCUCAAAGCUGCCGGACGACUUGGGCGUCCUGGUCAACAAAACCGCUCCAGAUAGAGAGAUUCGGUGUGCCUCGGUACUCAUAUCUCGAUCACCUCGACACAGUACAAAUCCUUGGUAAGGGGAGUUUCGGGGUGGUCAAACUCGUUCGCGAACGAUACGGGCCCCAGGUCUAUGCCAUGAAGGUGAUUCGGAAAUCAGACAUGAUUCGAAAUUGUCAGGAGGGUCACCUGCAAGCCGAAAGAGAUUUUCUGGUUGCUGCUUCGAGUUCCGAGUGGAUCGUCCCGUUAAUGUUCAGUUUCCAAGACCCUGUCAAUCUCUAUCUUGUCAUGAACUACAUGCCGGGUGGAGACUUCCUCGGCUUGUUGAUUCGCGAGAAUAUCCUGAGUGAGUCGAGGACCCGGUUCUACAUUGCUGAGAUGAUUCUCUGCGUUGAGGAGGCACACAAUCUCGGUUGCAUUCAUCGAGAUGUGAAGCCAGACAACUUCCUUAUUGGCGCCGACGGUCACCUCAAGAUUUCUGACUUUGGGCUGGCUUUUGAUGAUCACUGGUCUCAUGAUACCUCCUAUUACAAGUGGCACCGCCAGAUUCGCUGGUCAGAACUACGCUGGAGAGAGCCUGAAUGGCUGCCACAAAUCACCGAUUUCCUCGACACUCAGUAUUUCGAAGAAGACGAGCCUAUCAGCGACUGGUCGGAAUCGGUAGACCCUGGUGCAGAGGAGGAGUUGCCAGACACAAGCGUCAUCUUCAAGGAACUCAGAUCCGUCGGCUUCGGAGAUCGUCAUGUCAAGUUUGUUCUUGAUGCUAUCAAGCAACCUUACGACUCGAACCGACUCAAGCAGAUCGAUCGCGACAUCGAUGAAUACUCGAGGUUGAGCUCCGAGGGAAAGCAGUGCAUGAAGGAGCUUGUCAGGAAAUACGGCCAAAAAGAGCGCAAACGGCCCAGGGACAAGCUUCUUCGAGACCCAGAGACCAAGGACGAAGUCAUGAGACUCAGAAAACAAACAGCGUUCUUGGGAUACUCGUGGCGCAAGGCCUCUCACAUGCACCGCCAACCUGUCAGUGCAGUUUUUGAAACGGAUGCGUAUACGAUGCCGCAGGAAGGGCCGGUGGUGGGCUACGAUAUGAGGUUUCAGGGGAUGUCGAACAGAGUGCCACCUCAAGGGUGGUGA